UGCAUCAAAUCCUUCACUUCUCAACUGUCAAUAAGACUGACUAUUUGAUUCCUUCACUACCUUUCAUUUUUCCCCUUACCCUCUUCUUCUUCUUCUUCUUCUUCUUCUCUGUUUCCUUUUUUCCCUAUCUGAUAGGGUUUUCAUGUCAUUUUGGCUUCCAUCUAACUCAUGCUUAGGCUCUUUUCACCUCAAUACUUGGUCAUCGCCGUCUUCACCUUUGUUGGGUCUCUCCUUUUUGCUCUCUUUGGAGGGUUUUUUGGUGGCCUGCUGCCCACAGUCGAGUUUUUGGGUUUCAUCAAUCGCUACCCAUGGCUAAGAUCUUUGGUUUUACUCUCACAGAAAGUGAGGAUUUUUUCCCUGGGGCACCAAUCUAUCCGAACCCCAAGGAUACGAGUCUCUUUUUGUCCCUUGAUCGUCGUGUGGAUGUUUAUUAUCCGCUUCGUAAGAGGUCCAGAGUCAGCGCCCCAUUUGUGCCUAGUGAAGAAAUACUCAAAAAGAAGGAGGCAUCUAUUGAAGUUCUUCCAGAUGAGUGCCUCUUUGAAAUCUUCAGGCGCUUGCCUGAUAGAGAGACGAGGAGCCUCUGUGCUUGCGUUUCUAAACGUUGGCUCAUGCUUUUAAGCAGCAUAAGUGGUAAUGAAUUUCAUAGUUCGAAGCCUAAGAACGAGGCAGAGAAUGAUGGAUGUCUUUCACGAAACUUGGAAGGGAAGAAGGCAACAGAUGUAAGACUAGCUUCCAUAGCAGUAGGAACUGCUAGUUGUGGUGGCUUGGGCAAGCUUUCGAUUCGUGGAGGCAAUCAUGGCUGUGAGGUUACAAACGUUGGCCUUAAGGCUGUUGCCUAUGGAUGUCCUUCCCUUAAAGCUAUUUCUUUGUGGAAUCUGUCUUCUACAGGAGAUGAAGGUCUGAUUGAGAUUGCCAAGGGAUGUCGACUCCUAGAGAAGCUCGAUUUAUGUCAAUGUCCUGGAAUUUCAAACAAAGCUUUGCUGGAACUUGCCAAAAACUGCCCGAAUCUGACUGAUAUAACAAUAGAAUCUUGUGCAAACAUUGGCAAUGAAAGCCUUCAAGCUAUUGGACAAUAUUGUUCCAAUUUGAAGUCUAUUUCGAUCCGAGACUGCCCCCUUAUUGGGGAUCAAGGAAUAGUGAGCUUGUUCUCGUCCACCUCGUACACCUUAAGCAAGGUGAAGCUCCAGAGUCUAAAUGUCACUGACGUGUCGCUUGCUGUCAUCGGACAUUACGGCAGGGCAGUUACAGACCUUAUGCUUACUGGCCUGACAAAUGUUACUGAGAGGGGAUUUUGGGCCAUGGGCAAUGGUCAUGGUUUGCAAAAGUUGCAAUCAUUUACACUCGUGUCUUGCCAUGGUGUGACCGAUGUCGGGCUACAAUCCAUUGGGAAGGGAUGCCCGAACUUAAGGAAGUUCUGCUUGCGAAAAUGUUCGUUCUUGUCCGACAAGGGAAUGAUCUCUUUCGCUCAGGCUGCUACCUCCAUUAAGAACUUACAAUUGGAGGAGUGUCACAGGAUAACCCAGUUGGGUUUAUUUGGUACCAUCUUAAACUGUGGUGCAAAGUUAAAGGCUCUUUCUCUAGUACACUGCUUAGGGAUCAAGGAUUCGAGCCUGAACUUGCCUUCAGCGUCCUCGUGCAAGUCGCUUCAGUCAUUAUCCAUCUCCAAUUGCCCUGGGUUUGGUAAUGCAAGCUUAUCUCUUCUGAGCAAGCUAUGCCCCCAGCUUCAGCAUGUGGAUUUAUCUGGGCUCAAUGGUAUUACAGAUUCUGGGCUACUGCCAUUGUUUAAGAACUGUGAAGCAGGAUUGGUGAAGGUCAAUCUAAGUGGCUGUAUGAAUUUAACCGAUAAAGUGAUUACAUCCUUGACCAAGCUUCAUGGUUGGACUCUUGAAUUGCUCAAUCUUGAUGGUUGUUUGAAGAUAACUGAUUCAAGCUUAGUGGCCAUUGCAGAGAACUGUCCAUUGCUCAAUGAUCUCAACGUUUCCAAGUGUCGUAUCACUGAUUUUGGAGUUGCAGCACUUGCUCAAGCCAACCAGUUCAACCUGCAGAUCCUUUCUAUGUUUGGAUGUUCUGCCUUAACUGACAAGAGCUUGCUUGCUCUUGUAAAACUGGGCGACUCCCUCCUCGGUUUGAAUCUUAAACACUGCAACUCAAUCAGCACCACGAGUAUGGAGCUCCUUUUGGCUCAGCUCCAUCGAUGCAACAUCCUCUACUGAGCAGGAGCUGGUAUAAGUAGACUGUAGUUUUUGGGUCCAUGGGUAUGGGUCUUCGUCAUCUAAUGACCUCGGGUCGAUUUUCCAGGGAAUAUGGUCAAUCUCUCCUUUUUUACAGAUCUCCCUUAAAUGGGGUCUGUUUUUUUUCAGUGUUUAGGCUCUCACAUGAGAUGCCUCACACUUUGAUUGAUGACCAGCCUUCCCUGAGUUUCCCGGUUUCUGGUUCGAGGUUAUUAGGUUCUGUGUUACCCGAGCCACGCCUCGGUUUCUUGCAGUUACGUUUGAAUUUGUGUUUUGCUCAAAGGGGUGGGGCUUAUGGAUCGCCUGGUCAAAUCAUCUUCCUGGUUGCUUUUAUAUUUGGUGCCUUGGUCCUGGCAACGGGUUAUACAAGUCUGCCACCACAAUCUUCUUGUUCGCAAGGGAUUGUUUUUUUUAGUUCGUACCAGGCCUUCGUUUUUCAGGCACCAAAUUUAUUUUUAAAGGAACUCUGCCUUUUGCAACUAAGUUGUAUGUAAUGACUCACAGAUCCACCUAAUUCUUUGUGAUGUAACUUGUAAGUUUCGUAUCCAAUAUUAUGUUUAUAUAAGAAUCUGCUUUGUAUUUU